GCUGAAAAUCAGAUCACUUUGGUUGGCAUCAAGAGGUGCAGCCAUUUGGCAUAUCACUUCGAUGGUAGACCAAGUUGAGCAGGUCACAGCAGCGGUGGAGGCCGCGACGCUGAGCCCCAAGGCUGCAGAGCAGCCCAGUACUCCUGCAUUCUCUUACGCAGCGGCUGCAGCUGCUCCGGCGGCCCCAGCGCCAGCCCCGACAACGAACAAGAAGGUUCUGCACCUCGUCAUCGACUCUGGCGCUAUCAUCAAGGGCACCAACCUGGCCGUACUGGCUGAAAAUUUCUGGACUGUCCCCGAUGUGUUGGACGAGAUCCGCGAUAAGAAGUCGCGUGCCAUUCUGGAACGACUCCCAUUCACACUGCAGACACGUGAACCGUCGGCCGAGGCCAUGAAGGCUGUGGUUAACUUCUCCCGCAAGACUGGAGACUUCACCUAUCUAUCACUCACGGACCUGCGUGUCAUGGCUUUGUCCUAUCAACUGGAGGUCGAAGCCAACGGUGCCGACCAUCUACGCACCAGUCCGGAGCUAUCACAGACCGUCACUCGUGCAGCUAACGGCAAGAUCGUUGGCGGCUCACAGACCAACAUUCCGUGCAAAUAUUUCGGCACAGCCAUGGGUUGCAAGUACGGAGACGAGUGCAGGUUCACACACGAUGAGACAGCAGUUGCCAAUACUGAGGGCGAUGCUGAAGCUCCCAAAAAGAAGGUUGAUAUCCCGUGUCGCUUCUUCAACACCCCCGAAGGCUGCAAGUACGGCGCCGAGUGCUCGUUCGUUCACGAGAAGAUUGAGAGUGAUGAACCUACUCAAGAAGAAACAGAGGAGCCUGUGGUCGAGCAGGUGAUCAGUGAGGAGAUCCGAAACGCUGACGUCAAGUCGCGCAUUAUGGGCGGAUUCGCUGCAUCCAGUAACGCUGGUGCUGCUGAGGAUGACGGCAAGAACUGGAUCACCAGCGACAAUUUUGCCAAGUUCACAGCGUCUCCGUUCGGCGACGGUAAAGGUCUGGAGGAGAUCUCGUCUCGACUGUCUGUAGCGUGCAUCACGACGGAUUUCUCCAUGCAGAACGUGAUGCUGCAGAUCGGCCUGCGUCUUCUGUCGACGGAAGGAAUGAUCAUCAAGCGUGUGAAGCAGUGGAUCUUGCGUUGCAUCGCUUGCUUCACGACGUCCACCGAGAUGGAUCGCCUGUUCUGUCCUAAGUGCGGUAACAGCACUAUGGAGCGCGUGUCGUACAGCCUCGAUCGUGACGGUCACAUGACGUUUUACACACGUGCAAACCGCCCCACGAAGCUUUCAGGCACUAAGUAUUCUCUACCCAAGCCCAAGGGUGGCCGUAACGGCGACUUGUUGCUGCGUGAGGAUCAACUUCUAGUUGGUAUCUGGGGCCAACGUCAGCGUCAGCACAAGAAGGUUAUGCAGAGCGCAUUCGGCGAGAACGUAGCGCACGAUCUCGGCGUUAAGGCCGAGAAGCAGACAGGAAUUCAAGUGGGCUACGGACGAAUGAACCCCAACUCACAGAAGGGUCGUGAGCGUCGUGGCAAGAAGAAGAAACGCAACUAGACUAUGCGGGAGUUCGUACCUUUUUGAUAUCGUUAUCGUUGAACAAGAUGGUUGCAAAUUUAUCGGAUUUUUGUGACCAAUUUUAGCUCGUGCCUAAUGUAGUUGCUGUCUAAGAACU